ACCCUAAGUCCCGUUGUUGUGUGACUGUGAAGAGGGAUAACCUCCGCUUCACAGUAGACCAAUUGGGCUGAGAGGUUUGCUGAGCGGCUGCAGAGAGGCUCCGGCUAUCUAACGUCUACACACUCAGGUGUCAGGAAGACAUGGGUAACUCAACAGGAAGCACCGUGGACGACCUGCAGGCGGUGGAGAUGCACCUGUGGUACAAGAAGUUCAUGACGGAGUGCCCUUCAGGUCAGCUCACCCUGCACGAGUUCAAGCAGUUCUUCGGGCUGCGAGGGCUGGACCCCGAGGCCAACGCCUACAUAGAGCAGAUGUUCCGCACCUUUGAUAUGAACAAGGACGGCUACAUAGACUUCAUGGAGUAUGUGGCUGCUCUCAGUCUGGUGAUGAGAGGAAAGAUGGAGCACAAGCUGCGCUGGUAUUUCAAGCUUUAUGAUGUGGAUGGCAACGGCUGCAUUGACCGACAUGAGCUCCUCAACAUCAUAAAGGUACAGUUUCUAUCAUGCAUCUGCAACUGUGGACUUUACAGCAAGUCCUGGUCUCAUGCUGAUUUUACUCUGUUCCCGCAGGCCAUCCGUGCAAUCAAUGGGAGUGAGAACCAGGAGGGAUCUGCUGAGGAUUUCACCAACCGCGUGUUUGACAGGAUUGAUAUAAACGGAGACGGCGAGCUGUCCUUGGAGGAAUUCGUGGAAGGCGCUCGCAGCGAUGAAGAUUUCAUGGAGGUGAUGAUGAAGAGUCUGGACCUCUCCCACAUUGUGGCGAUGAUCCACAACAGGAGGCACAGCGUUUAGGAUCUGCCCGUCCACACUACCUCAUCCUCAUUCAUGAUUGAACCCGAGAGCCUCGGUACACGGCCUCCGGCAAAAACGUCAUUUAUAGACUGAGAUUUCUAUUAAGAUUGAAUCCAGCUGAAUAUAAAUGCCAGUGUACUGCAAACACUGACAUGUCUUGUUUUUAAUCUCUCAAAGAGCGACACAUAUGCACUUUAAAUGCAUCUGGAUGACUCAGUCAACCUUUGCAAACUGGUCAUUGUCCUUGUUUAUCGAUGCACAGCUCUCCCAAGGCCACCUUGGCACGAGGGAUGAUCUCUCAGACGGUCCACAGAUACCCCGCGGGAUAAAAGAGAGAGAUAGUGGAGCAGAGUGGCAAUUAUAUGCACUCAAUGCUCCCCAAAUGUUUUUUUUCUCUGGGUCUGAGCUGCUCUGCAUCCAAAUACUUCAAUCUGUUUUUACCCAUUCUUGCCUGUGGGGUUUACAGGAGGAAGCUCUGACUCUGCAGUGUGCUCAGCAUCCAUGAUAAUUUGAUUAAGUCAGAGGCUGUAAAAUACAGGAGCAGGUGAAAGUGUCUGAAGACAUUUAGCAGUGUGCAGAUUCUCAAAUGUUUACCUUUUGUAAAUAAUGUUCAUAACCUUUUUUAAAAUGUUUAAAAUAAGUUGAAGCAGAAAGCAAAACACUGGCUGGUGGUGUGUGGGUGUUUCAUUGGCUGAAUUUGCAGAAUAAAUACAGAUAUAGAUUAUGUUUGCUGGCUACCUAGACUGGUGCCUUCUGUUAGAGCACAGCCAAAUGUGUGUGUUUGUUCAGCUUUUGCUUAUUUGUAAAAUA